CACCCGGCUCGUCCAAUCGGCUGGCGCCGCCGGCUCGCGCAGGGAAUUCAAACCGCUGUUAGGCGGCGACGGUUGGCCGGGACGGGAGGGGCUCCGCGGAGCGCCAUGGAGAGUCGCCCGGCGGCCCCGGGGCCCUACCGCGCCACCCAGCUGUGGAAUGAAGUUACUAAACAUUUCCAAGCAGGGAUGCCAUUAAGGAAACACAGGCAACAUUUCAGAAAACAUGGAAGUUGUUUUACUGCAUCAGAAGCAAUAGACUGGCUUCAUGAAGUAUUAAAGAAUAAUAGUAACUUUGGUCCAGAAGUUACUAGGCAACAGACCAUUCAGUUAUUAAGAAAGUUCCUCAAGAAUCAUGUAAUUGAGGAUAUAAAAGGAAGAUGGGGAUCAGAAAAUUUAGAAGAUAAUGGUGGCCUGUACAGAUUUCCUUCAACCUCUCCAGUUAAACCUCUACCAACCUGGUGUCCACCAAAGGAGAACUCGGAAAACUUCUCUAGAGACAAAGAAAAGCUUUUUAAAUUGCCACAUCUAUCCAGGAGAAAUCUUAAAAAAACGGAAUUACUGGAGUCUCUGGAAAACUUAGAAAAAACAAAACCAGAUAUAGAGGAAAACAAGGAAGGCUCCCUGCACAGAAAGGAAAUAAGCCAGGAAUAUGUACAAGAAAUUUGGAGAAAUAUCAUUAUGAUACAUUUGCAAACCAUUUUAGGCCUCCCAUCUUUGGAAGAAGUUUUGCAGCCAACACAGAUAAUUCCCGAGUAUGUCAUAUACAAUAUGACUAACACAAGUAAACAUGGUGUUGUUAUUUUGCAGAACAAAUCAGAAGACCUCCCUCACUGGGUGUUGUCAGCUAUGAAGUGCCUCGCAUACUGGCCUAGAAAUAAUGACAUGAGCCAACCAACUUACAGUGGGUUUGAACGAGAUGUAUUCAGAACAGUUGCUGAUUACUUUCUCGGUCUCCCUGAACCGUUACUUACUUUUGAGUACUAUGAACUUUUUGUAAAUAUUUUAGUUAUGUGUGGCUACAUCACAAUUCCAGAUAUAUGCAGUGGAAAACAUUCUGUCCAAGAUGAGACAUGUAAUCCACAACCUUCAAAAAUUCUUCACUUGAACUCUUUCAAGUCAACUGAAUGUCUUCUUCUAAGCCUACUUCGCAAAGACCCCGAGAAAAAAAAGAAAGAAUAUGAAACUUCGAGGAAGUCUUUUCCAGAAGAGCUAACUGUUCAGAAGGGAUGUGCAAAGAAAUUGUAUCCACAUAAAUUGACAUGUAAACCAGGCAGUGUUGAUAAUCUAAUAGGAGGAAGUUGUCAAAAUCUUUCUGGUUUAAAGAAUGAGCAGGAUGUACCCCUAAAAUUUAGGACGAGAUGUUACUCUUUGGAAAGAAUUGGAGAUGCUACCUCCAGCUUAUGUAAUAAAGGAGAAUCAAAUUCCUUCAGGCAGACUGGUGUGAACAUAGUCCUGGGCACUAGAAAUGAAAACCAACCACUACCCUAUGAAUAUAAAAAUAAAUCUAUGUUGGAACUUGGUUUUGAUAAUAUGUAUCAAAAACAAACUUGUGGUAUCAAGAGAGUGUCUGCAUCAACUAUUCAGGAUAAAGAGCUAUUUAAUGAAAAUCACAGAUUAAAGCAAAUAUGCAGGUCUCGAAGUUUACUUGUGAAAAGAAACUCCAAAAGUUGUGCUAGCAUUAACAUACCAGUUGCUGAAAUCACUGUAAAACCACAGUCUGGACUUUGUGGGCAAAGAAAUCCAAGUACCUCUGGUGUGGCUACUUCAAUGGAGAUCAAGACUGAGGUUUCUGAUAUCACCAUCAAUAAAAGACUCUGCAAGAGUACCGUAGAACUUUCAGAAUAUUCUUGCACUCAUGAUACUUAUGUGUUGGCUGGCACGCAAAAUCUCCUUCAGCCUCAUUUAGAAAGGAUUGCUAUUGAAGCACUACAGAUAUGCUGUUUAUUGCUUCCACCUCCAAAUCGUAGAAAGAUGCAGCUCCUGAUGCGUAUGAUCUCUCGGAUCAGUGAAAAUGUUGAUAUGCCACGACUGCAUGAUGCAAUGGGCACACGUUCUUUGAUGAUACAGACUUUUUCUCGAUGUGUGUUAUGCUGUGCAGAAGAAGUAGAUCUUGAUGAGCUACUUUCUACACGGUUGGUUUCAUUUCUAAUGGACCAUCAACAAGAAGUAUUUAAAGUACCAACUUACCUGCAGGUUGCAGUGCAAGAUCACAUAGAAUAUAUGAAGAUGGCCCAGUGCAAAUAUCCAAGGGAAGAAAUUUGUGCUAUAUUGCCCACAUAUUCAUACUGUAAACAAAUAACUCCUCAGGAGUUUGAAGAACAAAAGGUGUCUACCUCUCAAGCUGCAGUGGCAGAACUCUUGGAGAACAUUAUCAAAGAUAAGAACUUGUCUCUAAAAGACAAAAAGAAGAAGUUAAAACAGUUUCAGAAGGAAUAUCCCCUGAUCUACAGGAACAGAUUUCCAACUACAGAAAAUGAGGCAAUGCUAUUUGAGAGCAAACCUACCAUCAAACAACCAAUGCUUAGCCUAAGAAAACCAAAAUUUCGUAGCCUAAGAUACUAAUUUAACCACAUUUCAGCCACAUAUUUAUUUAACGGUUGAAUGAAUGGUUUACCAAAGAGCAAUGGCUAUGGAAAUUUGAUGGUGGUUGUGUGUGGAAGGAAUUGAAGGAAUAAAUGUUUACAUGGACGCUAUGUUGAAAGGUGCCAAAAUAACACUUUUCUGGAGAUAACUUUUUAAAUGACUACAGAGAGAAAUAUUUAUAUGUUUACAAAUUAUUCAAUAUAUUGUUCUUCAGUAAAAUAAAUGUGAAAAUAAGCUUGAAGCUAUUAGUAACCAAAAAUUUAUAUAUGGUUUUCAUAUGGAAAACUAAUGGUAUGCAUAUAGCAGUAACUUUUUAAAUGUUUUUUCUGGAAUUUAUGUCAUAUAAUUAUAGUUUGGGCAGUUUUUUAAUUGUCCGUAUGUCCUUGAUAAGUGCCUUCCCUGAGUUCUCAAAAUACUUGUCUUCAAAGAAAACAAUGUUCUUUGAGGUUGGAACUAAUUAAAAAGUUGGCUCUGUUGUUUCCAAGGGAGCCAGAAAUCACCGUAUAUACAUGAUUGUCUGACUCUAUAAAACAUUUAUGUUCAUCUCAUCUGUAAAGCUGACUCUUAAAUAUUUGUAUAUUUAUUCCUAUUAAGCGUUUGGCAUAUUUCUGACCUUGUAUGGAAAACUGAUUUCAGAUCUGUUGAUAUGCUUCUUGAACCACAUAAGGUAGGGGAUAGAUGAUAUGCGAAGUGACAAUGAACAGAAUCAGAAUAGAUUGAACUUCAGUGUUUUGUUUCUAGAGUUAGCCGUUCGCUUAUUAAUUUCGAUGGGACCAGGACUGCCUCACAAGAAUGUGAAUCUGGAUGAGUACUUCUCUGAGAGGACAGUUCAGAACAAGUGCUUUCACGGUUGAGGUCUCAGUUUAAUAUUUAGUCAAGUGUGCUUCAGGCAACAAAUUAAAAAGUCACAAUUGGUGAAUGAUGUUGAAGUGUUCAGUGGUGAGCUUGAGAAAUGGAUGCUUUUCUUCCCCCAAAUUUCAAUCGUUCCAAAAUGAAGCCUGAAAUCCCUCCGUUUUCCCAAGUUGUUCUAUUUUAAUUUUUGCCGCCUUUGCCUAUUUUCUUUACGUUAGACUCUAAGACGGAAGAAUUUGCGCAACUGGCAGCAUGGGGGUAAAACCUGGGCAGUUAACAGGAAAAGGAUUUGCAUUAAAUUUUCUUUAGAAUUCCUGCAACAUAGUUGAAACAGUGCAGUAUAGCAAAAAGUUCCAUGAACCUUUUAAGGAUUCAAUGGAACAUUCUUUACAUUAAAAGUCUUGUCACUUUGGAAAGAUGUAAUCUGUAACUAUUGUCAGCUAACAUACCCAAAAUGAACUCCAGCAUGAGAUCUACAGAUACUGCUGCUUCUAACCUGGAAAAAUGAUUAUUAUGUGCUGGAAUAAUGUCAAAUUGUGUGGAUUUUAAGGUUUUUAUAGAAAAUGUCCUGCAGUUAGGAUGACUAAUGGAUCUGUUUCUCAGUCCAAUCACAACUCUCUCAUCGCGUUAUCAUCUGAGUCCAAUGAGAAUGUGACGACAUAGGGUUAAAAACAGUGCUGGCAAUGGUGUAGCUCUGUCUGUGGGCAGUUAGAGAGUAGGAGAGGUUAGCUGAUAAGUAAUCCAGCUGAGUUGACUAAAUUAAUUUGUUAUAGUGCAGCUAAAGAUUCUUGGAGGGAAUGGGGCCAUCAUGUGAAAUACAAUUUCUAUAGAUGCUGUUGUUUAUAUCCAGUAGUUUGGUAUAUUCCAAUCCUGUGCCAAAAUUACUGCUUAAUAGUAAGGUACAGCAAACAUGUCUGUUGUGUAAAUGUUGGUUGUGCUCGGUUUUCUUUCAUCCAUACAGAUGCAAUUCAUUGUCUUGAAUGUUAGCUCUUUGCAUGUUGCUGUACUUGAGGCUUUCAUAUUUGUCUGUUCACUUGAUUUUUCAGGCAGAUGGAUUUUUUUGCUAUAAAUGGACCCCAAAAGUUUUAGCCUAAAGCGGUGUUCGCUAAUGCUGUUUUUCCCUACACAGCUCCAGUUUUGUGGAUUUCUUAUUCUUAAUCGUGUGUGAAGAAAGUGAUGUAAAAUAUCGAGUUAGUCUUAGGUUAGCUUUAUGGGGGAUUUCUGUGCAGAAAUUCAUUUCCAGGUAACCAGAGUAUAUCUGUCAGGAUAUAUAUUUUGCAAUACAUAAUUUUGUUCUUUUUUAUAUGAGAAGGCGGCUUUCUAAAUGAGACACCAAGAUAAGCCCAGUUUCAGCCAAUAUUCAUAAUAAAUGCUUUAACGACCUGUAGAUAUCAUUGCGCUAACAUAGUAGGGACAAAUUUUCAUCUGAUAGUCACCUACCAUAAUGCCUAUAGUCAACUACUUUUACAAAUCUGGUACCUACUCUAAUUAUUUGCAUCUUGUUAAGCAUUGCAUAAAUGCUAUAUUUAUUUAUGUGUUCCAGUUAAGCAACUUAUUAGGUUAGCAGCUCACAUUUCUCAGGAUUUAGCUUUCAAAGGACUGUUCUCAUUAAUCAGAGUUCUUGACCCAUGUUAUUUAAUAUGGCUUUCUAAGGUCUUAACAGAAACUUAAUAAAAACUUGAAUAACUAGACCAUUUGACUAGCAGUGGAACAAUUAAAACAUUCCAAAUAAAUGACAGGUACAAAUUUCAUUUUAAUCUUAAACUUUCUUUUGAGCCGUCAUUUUUCUCCUCAGUGUGAAUGUCUACUUCAAACUUUAUAAACUUUAAGUAUUGAAAAAAAUGAAACUCUUUAUGGGGUGUUGUUCAUCAGAUGUGAAUUCCUGGUUAUUUGUAAUCUACCAGUUGUGUACAACAUGGUAAUAAACUAUCCGUUCUUUGAAGCAUA